AUGGCGGCGAUGGUUCGAGCAGUGAGAGCAGGACGCGGAGCUGCAAGGACACUGCGGCUCCUGCCCACAGUUUUACCUCUCCGCUGUGAGCAGAGGCUGGCCUUCCACAGAGCAGCUGUCAGACUGCAAGAUGAAUCUAAACAUGAGAACACUGCCUCUGCUGCAGCCAGUGGCCUACACCAGCACCAGGGCCCUCAGGGCGUGCUUACAGAGGAGGUCUCGGAACAGAGCACAGAGCAGUCCCACAGUUUCCAGGAGCAGAGUGAGGAGCAGGAAGAGGAGUACGAGACUGAGGAGCAGCUCCAGGCUCGCAUCCUCACAGCAGCUCUGCAGUUUGUGCCUGUCCACGGCUGGUCAAUGGAGGCCAUCUCUGCAGGGGCAGAGAGUCUGGGCCUGUCCUCUGCCUCUUCAGGCAUGUUCUCUGGAGCAGGAGAGCUGGUCCUUCACUUCAUUGCUGACUGUAACUCCCAGCUCAGCCACCUCCUGGCAGAAGAACACAAGCAUGUCCAGCUGGGCCAGGCUGAACCCAAGAAGACUUCAGACUUCCUGAGAGAGACUGUGGAGACCAGACUGAGGAUGUAUACUCCGUAUAUUGAAUCAUGGCCCCAGGCGAUGAGUUUGCUGCUGCUUCCUCAGAACAUGCCUGAGGGCCUCAAGCUGCUGUCCUCACUUGUGGACGACAUGUGGUACUAUGCAGGUGACCGCUCCACAGAUAUGAACUGGUACACAAAGAGGGCGGCCCUCACAGGCAUCUACAACACCACUGAACUGGUUAUGGUGCAGGAUUCUUCUCCUGACUUUCAAGAAACCUGGGACUUUCUUCACAACCGCAUACAAGACGUAGUGAACAUGGCCAACACAGCCAAGCAGGUGCAGACGACAGGCGAAGCGGUCGUCCAGGGGCUUGUUGGAGCUGCUGUAACACUGAAGAAUCUGACUGGGAUAAAUCAAAGGCGAUGA